GGAGAAUUGACUUAUAUAACAUCCGCCUCGAUAGACGGACUUCACGCCUACGUUUCAGAGACGAGGCAUCUCCUGUUUUCGUCAAGUUUUUAAAGAAACCUCAACGUGAUGUUACUGCGCCGGAUCCUCCUUCCGCUGGUGCUGUGUUUUGCUGCGGCUCCCUUGCUUGUCUUUGGUGAUGAUGUUUCUCUUAAGACGGGCAAGUGUCCCAUAUUCCCUGAAGACACCCUCGCGCCUUGCGUCGUCUACUGCUUGAAAGAUUCUGAUUGCAAGGAAGAUAUGAAAUGCUGCUCCGUUGGUUGCAUGCAAAAAUGUAUGAAACCAGAGACAUAAAUCGAAGAAGAACUGAAAGAUCAAGUCGGUGAGCAAAAGGUGAGAUCUAAAAAGUAAAAAAAAAAAAUAACAUCCCACGUCAUACCUGAAUAUGAAGAUACAUUGUGUUUGUUAAUUAUCAUUGUAUAAGACAUUUAUCUCACUCCUUUUAGGCUGGAGGACGAAUGUUGGUUUGCAAUUUGAAGACGAGGUAUCAAAUAUAUCGAUUAUGUUUCCUCAGA